GAAGUACAAGUAGGAGCGGUGCAGAGGGGCAGGGGCAGGGGCAGGCUGUAGAGAGCACAGCAGGGCUGCAGCAAGGGGAGGCCAGUCCUGACCCCAUUGCUGCACCAUGGCUCUGGCGGAGACCAUCCGACUGUGGAACGAGGGAGUGUGUGCGGCUGACCGGAAGGACUGGGCAGCCGCGCAGGGUGCUUUCACCACAGUGCAGAACCCCCCUUCCAAACUCUGCUUUAACAUUGGCUGCAUCCACCUGACCCUGGGGAAUUUGACUGAGGCGGAGGAGGCGUUUUCCAGGAGCAUUCACUGCGACAAGCACUUGGCCGUGGCCUAUUUCCAGCGGGGGACCGUGUAUUACAGGAGAGAAAACUACGAACUGGCCAUUGAGGACUUCAAAGAGGCACUGGCCCAGCUGCGAGGGAACCAGCUGAUAGACUACAAGAUCCUGGGGCUGCAGUUCCGGCUGUUUGCUUGUGAGGUGCUGUACAACAUAGCCCUGCUCUAUGCCAAGCUGGAGGACUGGAGAAAAGCCGAAGAGCACCUGACGCUGGCGAUAAGCAUGAAGACCGAGCCCCGGCACAGCAAGAUUGACAGGGCGAUGGAAGCCAUCUUGAAGCAGAAACUCUUUGAGCCAGUCGUGAUCCCCCCCGGGAAGCUGUUCAGGCCCAAUGAAAAGCAAGUGGCUCAGCUGGAGAAGAAGGAUUACCUGGGAAAAGCUACGGUGGUGGCGUCGGUGGUUGACAAGGACAGCUUUUCCGGGUUUGCUGCGCUGCAGCCGCAGACGAGUAGCCCUCCGCCCAGGCCAAAGACCCCAGAAAUCCUCAGGGCCCUGGAAGGGGACCCCCACCGCGUGCUCUACGAGUUCACGCCUGAGACCAAAGAGGAGCUGCAGGUCCUGCCAGGAAACAUCGUCUUCGUGCUGAAGAAGGGGAAGGACAACUGGGCCACCGUGAUAUUCAACGGGAAGAAAGGGAUCGUGCCCUGCAACUACCUGGAGGCCAUGGAGCUUCAGAACCAGACGCUGGCCCGGGAGGAACCCCCUCCAGAGUCGGACAUCCCCGCCCCACCCACUUCCACUGCUCCGGAAAAACCCAGGCCUCCGGCAUCAGUUCCUGGGCCUGGUACUUCUGAAAAACAGCAGCAAGAUGUUCCAAAGGACGCGGGCUCAGGCUCCCCGAGCUCCUACGUUCUCAAGGUGCACUACAAGUACACAGUCGCAAUGCCCGUCUGGCUUGGCAUCACCUACGGUGAACUCCUGGAGAUGGUGUGCGAGAAACUGGAGCUCUCACCAGAGCACACCAACCUGAGGUACCGGCCUGCCGACAGCGAGGCGCUGGUGACGCUGAGCAAGGACAGCAUGAAGACAAUAUGGAGCCACGCCAAGGACCAUUGCUUGACGCUGUGGUGCGACGUGACCGAGGGAGACCAGGGUUUACUGAGCACGGGAGACAGCCGAACUGUGGAGGGCACCCAGAAGACACCCUCUCCACAGCUGGAAGCAAACCAAGUGGUAGCACGCUACAGUUAUGAAGCCACCCAGCCUGAGGACCUGGCGUUCCAGGCCGGAGAUGUGAUACUCAUCUUAUCCAAAGUGAAUGAAGAGUGGUUGGAAGGCCAGUGCCAGGGGAAGAUUGGCAUUUUCCCCAUAGCUUUUGUUGAAGAAAGUGUGGCUAAAGACCCUGAAAUCUAAUUCCAGAGAAGCCUAAAUAUCCCAGGACGUGCAACAGCUGCAUUUAAGAGGUGUCUCAUUAGCCACUGCAAAUAGGCAUGUUAUCCUCGCGUGUCACCUGUUGCUGUGCCCCAGCUCUUAAAGAUGUACCAGUCAGCACCUGGUUUAUGAACUGUCUUCCAAGGAGACCAUCAGCCAGCCAGCCAGCCAUGCCUGAACAGCCGUGCUCCUAGACCAUUGAGAAGCAGCAGCUGUCCCCUCAUCUAUUCCUCCUAAGUCAAGAUUGGGGAAAACUGCUUCUCAAGGGCAGCGCUGGUGUAUUUAUAGCACUGUCAGCAAGAACGGAAAAGGGGCUGGUGGCUGAGAGCUACGGAUCAGACCAGGAUAAUUCUGCCACAUCAUUAUAGUCACCUGACACAGCAUUGCCAGCAAACCCAGCAUUCAGACAUCAUGGAUUAUCCUCCCCGCCUGACUCAAACACCAUGGCUGUGUCUAGACUGGCAAGUUUUUCCGCAAAAUCAUCUGCUUUUGCGGAAAAACUUGCCAGCUGUCUACACUGGCCGCUUGAAUUUC